AUGUCGGAAAACAAAUUAUCAUUCAGAGCUUUACAACUAGCCAACGAACAACGGACUGCUUAUGGUCUCCGGUAUAAUGAUUUCACGCGAUACAGGAAGCACUGCGCCAAUAGGACGCAUCGUCUCGAAUUCAAGAAACUGUCUCCCUUAAGCACAGAUAGCGUCAAGGAUGGACACUUAGAACUUCUACUCUUCGAGUCAGAACGUGCCUGGGCUUACUCUCAAGAUCUCGUUACCCAAUCUCUUCAGCCAGCUAAUGAAGAUCAAGCUGGAACCCUGCGUCAUAGUGCUACAGGACGCUUCCGCCGUGCAGUACACUGGUCGACGCAACUUCUAUCGCACUGUCAAUCUUUAUAUGCAUCUUCACGCCUUUCCGCAGAAGGGCUGAUGCAAAUUACCAUCUACACUCUGAUCCUCAAUGGUCGCUUCCUGCGAUACCGGGACAACUUUGAGGAUGCGGUGAUCCAGCUUAGCGUUGCAAGGCACCUUCUUGACGAACUCGCUGAUCGUGCUGCGACAAGCAGGGAUCAGGCUCUCGCAACGGUGUUUGCAGAUGAAAUCGGCCCCGAAAUAAGGUAUUGUGCGCAUGAACUUGGAAGGGAGAGGGCAUACGAUGUGGAUGCGAUCGCUGCUGGGUUGUCGAAGAAGCAUCGAGGGGAGAUCGUCGAGGGGUGUGAUGCUCUGAUUCAAAAGUUUAGGCAGGAGGGAGAGGUGUCUGAGAUAGGUGAAGGGAGGAAAAAGUUGGCGACUUUGAUGUGGGAAGGCCAGCCAGUGCCAGUGCGCAAUCCAGAGUUGGUGGAUGUAUUGCUGCGGGUGCAGGAGGCAGAGGCGAAGAUUACGCAAUCGCGUGAGCCUGCUCGGGCAGAGGUUGCUAGCGGUAAGGGGAGGAAAGGCAAGUCGGGCGGUCAUGGGUCCAAGAAGGGCGUUGCCGCAUAUGAUGCUAUUCUCCUUGCUCUCAGCGAUGCGGAAGAAUUGGCCAGGAAACUGGUUGAAGCGCAUCAGAAUUCUGGAAGUUCAUCUACCUCUGCAGCCGGCACGCGUGAUAUCCACUUUGUUCAUGCUUACAUCGUCUACCAAUUGCUCUCUCGCCGGAUCCAGCGUGAUCUCCUUCUAGUCUCCGCUCUCCUCACCUCGCAUCGACCACAGGCUUCUGCAAAACCAAAGAAAGAGCAUGUCGACGCCCGACUUUAUCCUGCAGUGGUCAAGCUCCUGGACACUGUCAUCCAAAGUCUUGCCCAGAUGCGCAACUUGAGCAUCGUGGACGAAAGUCCUGACCUAGCGUCUGCUGUCGAGGCCCGUCUUACAUUCACCAAAGCCCGCAGAUGUUCUUAUCUCGCGCAGUGCUAUGUAGCCGUGAAAAAAUACGCUGAAGCUCUCUCAUUGAUCCAACAUGCAACCAUCUAUCUCCGUGAAACGCGUUCUACGUUGUCCAUCUUCUCAGAAGACCCUAUCUCUUCUGGAUCACCCCCUUACUAUCCACUCACGUCUUCCGAUCUCGAUGCUCUGGAAUCCACCAUCACUCAAGACAGCCUGACGAUCAAAAACGAAUGGUUCGCAUACAACGGCGGCUCCGUCGACGCAGACAACAAGACAUACAAGAAACCGUUGUUUUUCGAUGUCGCGUUAAACUAUGUGCAGCUGGAUAUGGAUAGAUUGCAGGAGAGAGCUGGGAAGGUAUCUGCACCGGCGCUUGUUCCCGUGCAAGCUGUGCCUGCGAAAUCACGUUUGGAGGAGGUGGCGAGACCGAAAACACCAGAACCACAGGCGCCUGCGAAGGGUGGACUUAGUAGUUUGCUCGAGGGGUGGUGGGGACGGAAGUGA